GGCCUCAGUCAACGGCGAGCGCUGUUCGCGAGCGGAAUUCCAGCUGCCGCGAAAAAAAAUAGAACCCUACAAAAAAACGGGCAAAUAAAUAUAUAAAAAAAAAAUCGGAAACCAAACACAAAUUAGCGCUAUGUAAGAGUCCGAAAACGAACCGAAAAUUGGACAAGUGUCGCCGUCGAUCGGCCAUAGAAUAAAAUAAAUUAUUCGGGGCAUCACAGAUGCCGAUGUCGCGAUGACGGAGCCAAUUAGUGCGGCGGUGCAGCGCAGGAGGCAGCUGCUCCACAGCGUUGAAAGUUUGCGCGGUCGUGUCCGCCAAGUGCUGAAAUGUGUUAUUAAUCUGCAUAUUGAGUUUUUGGUGCUCGAAUCCGAUGUGGCCGCUUUGUUGGAUGAGGUGCGGGAAUUCAACGAUGACCACGAGGAGAUGCGGCGUCUGGACAGGAUGAUCGAGGCUCUGAGGGACUACAGUGGACCCACGAUAUGCCAUGAGUGGCCCUAUCCCCUCAUCUUCAAAGGCACAAUUGACGAGGCGCACGUCGCACAAAUACUCAAUGCCAGUGAGUUGGAGAAGGAUGUGGAGGAGGAGCUGGUUAAGAUGUCCAACGGUAGGAACUGCCUCCAGCUGGAACCCGAUUUGGUCACAACUCAAAGGCGCUCCAAAAUCCUGUGGUUCUCCAGGAGGAGCAGCCGAAAACGAGCUGAGCGUUCAAAGGAACUUCAUCCGAUUGUAUAAACGACUUCCUGAGAAUAUAACUAGUCCGAAAUAAAUGUGAACAAAACAAUAUACUGUAAUCUGCCAAUCAAUGUGUGUAUAAGGCCAAAGUAUAU